ACGUAUAAAAUCUAACAAUAUAAAAGUUCUUAGAAUUUCAAAAUGAAAGUGAGUCGCCCUGUGUGGUCAGGGGUUCUAAUAUCUCCAAUGCGUCGCUUCUGCUCCCGUGUCGACAAAGUAAGAAUUGUCGAAGUUGGACCACGGGACGGACUUCAGAACGAGAAAACUAUCGUCCCAACUCAUACUAAAAUUGAAUUUAUCGACAGAUUGGCUGCCGCCGGACUUUCUCACGUCGAGGCGACAUCGUUUGUAUCACCGAAAUGGGUUCCUCAAAUGGCAGAUCAUAAAGAGGUCCUCAGAGCUGUAAAUAAACUCCCACAUGGACAUGUCUCAUAUCCAGUUCUAGUCCCAAAUCUAAAGGGAUUUCACUCUGCCUUAGAGUCAGGGGCCAAAGAAAUUGCAAUUUUUGGCGCCGCAUCAGAGAGUUUUAGUCAAAAGAAUAUUAAUUGCACCAUUAGCGAGAGUCUCAACCGAUUUAAUGACGUAAUGGCCGCAGCCAAGGCCAAUGAUGUAAAAGUUCGAGGUUAUGUCUCCUGUGUAGUUGGCUGCCCUUACGAAGGAUUAAUAAAUCCUGAAAUAGUAGCAGAGGUUUCUGCCCGAAUGUAUGAGAUGGGUUGCUAUGAGAUAUCUCUCGGCGACACUAUCGGGGUUGGAACUCCUGGAUCAUUUCGCACAAUGCUGCGCUCUGUUACUAGCCGGGUACCUGUAGAACACCUUGCUGUACACUGCCAUGAUACAUAUGGACAAGCCCUAGCUAACAUUUUAACCUCGCUCGAACUCGGUGUAAGAGUUGUUGAUUCAAGUACAGCUGGUCUAGGAGGUUGUCCAUAUGCAGCCGGAGCCUCUGGAAAUGUGGCGACGGAGGACGUUCUCUACAUGCUUCAGGGACUAGGGCUGUCGACAGGAGUGGACCUGAACAAAGUCGCCGCGGCCGGAAAUUUUAUUUCUCAGGCUUUGAAACGGGAAACAAUGUCAAAAGUGGGAAGAGCUAUUAGUGCCAAAAAGAAAUGUUAGAAUAAUAAU